GAGGCGGUCUCCCGCAAAAAACAAUAAAAGCUGAUAAGCUGCAGAUAAGGCCAGAUUGCGGCUGGCUGUUUUACAGUUAGCAAGGGUUACGGGAGGGAAGCAGCCAUGAAGGUCGCGGUGUUUACGGUACUCUCUUUGCUUGUUGCAUCUGCGGCGGCCCAAAGAUAUCUUGUGGUGUCUCCAAAGAUUCUGCUGGCCGGUACUGAGGAGGUUGUGUGUAUCUCACUCUUCAACAUAACAGAUGAUGUGAAGGUCUCAAUUGAACUGACAUCAUCGAAGGAUGGGAAUGAUUUUGAGCCUGCCUCUGUAACCGAUGUGCUUAAAGAGGGCCAAGACAAAUGUGUCAGACUCAAGGUCCCUCUUGUUUCCAGUGACAAGGAAGCAAAGCUGUCAGUAUAUGGAAAGGGUUCAACAUACACCUUCAAAGAUGAGAAGAGUCUCAGAAUUUCUAAGAAGGCCACCUCUACCUUCAUCUCUACAGACAAACCCAUCUACAAACCUGGGCAGAAGGUUCAGAUGCGUAUUCUAACUUUGAAGCAGGACCUAAGGCCUUAUACUGAGAAUAUUGACAUGGUGUGGUUGGAGGAUAACAGUGGCAGCAGGAUUAACCAGUGGCUAGAUGUGCCAACUGAGGAGGGUCUUGCAAGUCUGGAGCAACAGCUGUCAAAAGAACCAGUGCUGGGGAAGUGGUCCAUCAAUGCUCAGAUAGCAGACACCACCUACAAAACCACAUUUGAUGUGGAGGAGUAUGUGUUGCCAAAGUUUGAGGUAGAGAUCAGUCCUCCCCCAUGGAUCCCUGUGGACAUGGAGGUGAUCCCAGCUGUUAUCUGUGGAAAGUACACUUACGGUAAGCCUGUGCUGGGAGAGGUGAAGGCUGAGUUCUGUAUCAAGCAGAGCUAUUCCUAUCGUGACCGGAGGCCCUGCCACACCUGGACUGGCAAGACUGACAAGAAUGGCUGUGUCAACAUCGCAUUUGACUCCAGCUUGGUUGAACUUGACUCCACUCGCCACAGUAUUUGGUCAGCCACACUGCGUGUGAAAGCUGAAAUCACAGAGGAUGGCACAGGUGUCACACUGAAUGGCUCCCAUGAUACUACCAAGAUUGUCCGUGAAAAUCAAAAGUUGGACUUUAGGAACUUCAGUCCUGAGGGGUUCAAGCCAGGCUUACCGUAUCAUGGCAAGCUCUACGUAACAGACAUCUUGGACAACCCCCUUUCUGACGUGAAGGUCACCAUUGAGGCUGAUAUGACAAGGCAGAGCAAUAUGUACUCCCCUCAAGAAUUUUCUCAAAACUACACAUCCAACAAGUAUGGAGAGGUCCCUUUCACCCUGCCUACCUACAUGACCAACAAGAAUGUCAAGAGGCUGAACCUUAAUGCCAAGAUUGCAGAUAUUCCCCCAUCAAAGUACGAAAGAGGCACCUAUCAGAUGGACAAUCCAUCUGCCUUCCUCAGCGUGCGUUCUUGGUGGUCUCCAAGCUCCAGCUUCUUACAAAUUCAGCCCAUACACGACAUCCUGCCUUGUGACUCAGUAGCAGAAGUGUCCGUGCUGUACAAAACAGAGAGAGUCAGCAAUACCAAGUUCCACUACAAGAUCAUGUCACGGGGAGACAUCCUAGACAUAGGGACCAAGGACGUUGCAUUUGAGAGCACAGAGGAGCCAUCGACCUACCAGCCACCCACCACUGCUCCCCCUCCAACAACCCCAUUCACUGGUUCCACCACAACAGAGGAGCCCAUCCCUGAGGAUGAGCUCAUAGAUUUUCCACCAGUAGAAAUUGUGAUUGCAGAGGAGUCAUUUGCUAUUCCACCUCCACCACCAGGAGGUCGACGCCCUGAUGGUCCACCGCCACCUCCUCCCCCACCACCACCAGGACCCCGCCCUGAUGACCAACCUCCUCCCCCAUUUCCCCGCCCAGGGCCUGAUGCUCCUCCCCCACCUCCUGAGUCUGACACACCUGUGGCUUCAGAAGAGAAAGAGGAUAUCAACAACGGAGAGGUCCGUAGGAAACGCUACAGCCCACCUUUCUACAGGCCUGACAUUGAUGAGACCCCUCUCAUGCCUCCAAUCCCAGGCUACACCGGACACUUCACCAUCAAGUUCAAGGCUGUGGCCAGCUUGUCUCCCCUGGUGCGCCUGUUGGUGUACUACGUGCGUGAAGAUGGAGAGGUGGUGGCAGACAGUGCCUCCAUCAAGAUUGCCAGCUGCCUGGAAAACAAUGUGAGUGUGUCCUUCCCCAAGGAGUCUCAGCUACCAGGUGCAACAACCAAGCUGACUGUCAAGGCUUCUCCUGGGUCCUUGUGUUCUGUUGGUGUUGUGGACAAGAGUGUGCACCUAAUGAGAUCAAGCAACCAGCUUACUCAGGGCAAGAUUUUUUCAGAGCUGAACGCUAUGGACCUGUCAGAAGGAGGUGGCUAUGUGGACAUGAAUACCCACUGUGAUCGUGAAGGCCCAGCCAUUGACCCCAUUCCCGAUAUUCGACCCCCUCCACCUCCUCCUCCCCCUCUUCCCCCCAGGGUGGAGCUUGCAGCACCAGUUGUGGAGCUUGCUCCACCAGUUCCUGUCAUGGAGGUGGAAGAGGUGGAAGUUCCACCUGCAGAUCCAGACAGUGAUGACUCUGACGAGGUGGUGGAAAACGACAAUGAGGAUGAAAAAGACGAUGAGGAUGAAGAGGAGAGAAGCAUCAAGAAACGUUCCGUCUAUUUCCCUGGUUAUGCUUCUUCAUCCUAUGAGGAUGCCUACACAGCUUUUAAGGCUAUGGGUCUUCUGGUGAUGACUGACCUUUUACUUCAAACCCGUCCUUGUGCGUUGGAAUAUAUGACUGUCGCCUACAGUGUCAGUUUUGCCCAAGACGUGUUAGAAGGAGGACGAGGGCCUGUAGCAAUGCCUAUGGUUAAUUUUAGACGCUUCAAUGCUCCUGGUACAAUGGAAUUUCCACGUCAGUCUAACAUGGACAUGGAUGACUCCAAGCAUGAAAUGGAAACACAACAGGUCGUGGAAGUGCGGAACUACUUCCCAGAAACAUGGCUGUGGAAGAUUACUAGAGUCAGUGAUAAUGGCUUGGCAGUUAUUGACACCAAAGUGCCACACACUAUCACCGAGUGGAUUGGCAGUGGUUUCUGCACAAGUAGUACUUCUGGUGUGGGUGUGUCUGUUGCUACAAGUCUCACGGCCUUCCAGCCAUUCUUUGUAUCCCCCACUCUUCCCUACUCUGUGAUCAGGGGUGAGGAGGUGCCACUCAAAGUCUCCAUCUUCAACUACAUGCAACAGUGCCAAGUGAUUGAGCUUACACUGCUGAAGUCGGAGGACUUUGAUCUGAUUGACAAGGACAGGACGCGUCAGGUGUGUGUGUGUCCUGUGGUAUCCAAGACCGAGACUUUCAACAUCGUCCCAAGCACGCUGGGGAAGAUCAACAUCUCGGUGGAGGCUCAGGCUGUGGAGGAUGAUGAGUUGAUCUGUGGAAACGCCCCGGUUGUCAAGCCUACCGAGGGAGCCAGGGAUGCCAUUGUUAAGGAACUUCUGGUCGAGCCAGAGGGCAUUGAGGAGGAGUACACCUACAGCUCAUUCUUCUGUCCCAAAGACUUCCCUAAUGAAGUGCUAGAAGACACCAUCCAGACUGUCCUCCCUGAGAAUCUGGUGGAGGGGUCCAACAGGGCCUACGUGUCUGUUAUCGGUGACCUGAUGGGCCCCACCCUGUCUGGUCUGGACAAUCUUGUUCGCCAGCCGACCGGGUGUGGAGAGCAGAACAUGGUUCUGUUUGCUCCCAACAUCUUCGUCAUGCAGUACCUGAACACAACCAAACAGCUGUCUUCUGAAAUCAAGGAUAAGUCUCUGGAGUACAUGAAGAUUGGUUACCAAAGAGAGUUGACCUACAAGCACAAGGAUGGAUCGUACAGUGCCUUUGGAGAAAGUGACGAUUCUGGCAGUACUUGGUUGUCUGCCUUUGUCUACCGUUGCUUUGCCCAAGCCCGUCCAUACAUCUUCAUUGACCAGAAGGAACUGGAUCACACCAAGAAGUGGUUUGCCUCCAACCAAAAGCCAGAUGGUUGUUACCAGUCUGUUGGGAAAGUCCUCCACAAGGCCAUGAAGGGAGGUGUCAAUGAUGAUACCACAUUGACUGCCUACAUUGUCAUUGCCAUGCUGGAAAGUGGGGAAUCUGUUGAGUCAGAGCUUGUUGGCAAUGCACUGGAGUGCCUUCUUGCUAGUGGAAGUAACAUUACCAGCACAUAUGGCAUUGCCCUGAUGUCUUAUGCCCUGACUCUUGCCAACCAUCCACAAAGAGAUGAGUACAUGGAAAAAUUGGAGAACCUAGCAAUAGAGAAAGAUGGCACAGUCCACUGGGAGCGUGAGGUUCAGCCUGGAAAGCCAACAGAAGCAUCUGGUACUUGGUUCCGGCCAUACUACAAAUCCCCCUCUGCUGAGGUGGAAAUGACCUCCUAUGCACUUCUUGCCUACAUGGCAACUGGAGAGAGGGAAGCCCUGGUGAAGGGCCUGCCCAUCGUACGUUGGCUCACACAGCAAAGGAACGCAUAUGGAGGCUUCUCAUCCACGCAGGACACAGUCAUGGCUCUGCAGGCCUUGGCCCGCUACGCUGAGAUGGCUUACGGAGAGGGUGUUGAUAUUGAAGUCCAGGUGCAGACUGCUGAGGGACUGGAUGAGACCUUUGUGAUUACAGACACAAACAGCUUGGUUCUGCAGCGUGUGGAGGUCCCAGUCACUCCAGCUGACAUCAGCGUCAGGGCCACCGGGAAGGGAUGUGCACUUCUCCAGGCAAAUGUGAGGUACAACAUUGAAGAGGAGGAGCCUGUGCCAUCCUUUGAGGUCAACAUCAAGAUGCUGGAUGUGCCUGCUGAGCUUCAGCGUGAUGAGGGAGGGGAGUCAUCCCCCUGCUCUGUCAAAAUGAUGAGUAUAUGUACCAGGUUCGUUGAUGAUGAGCCAUCCAACAUGGCUGUUGUUGCUGUAAAAAUGGUUUCAGGCUUCAUCCCUGACAAGACCAGUCUGAAGACUCUGAAGAAGGAGAAAACCAUCAAAAAGUAUGAGAUUGAUGGCAAGAUGGUGAAUCUGUACUUCGAUGAGCUGACCGAUGAGAUGACCUGUUUCGAGUUCCUGGUGGAACAGAACAUCAGAGUGAAGAACACAAAGCCUGGCGUGGUCACAGUGUAUGACUAUUAUGAGGAAGACCUGAAAAUUUCCAAGAAGUACAACAUCGACUGCAGCCCUCCUCCUCCCCCUCCUCCUCCUGAAGAGCUGCCUGAGCUGCUGCCUUUCGUCCCAGUAGAAGAACCACUGUUCCCUGACACUGUACCUACUGAGCGUCAGGGCUGCCCCACCUGCCUUCUCAAGAAGGAGGAUUUCAGCAAAGUCUUCUGUGGCUCAAAAUAUGCCUACAGAAUGAAGACCAACAGAGGGAAAGACGGACAUGAGGCUCGUAUUGCAGAGGACCUGAAGGAUGUGAACAGUUCUGCACCCCACCACACUGUCUACAUUGACAUGGGUCCAGACUGCCAGUGUUCUGAACUUGAAGUUGAUGCCCAGGUGUUGGUCAUGGGUGAUAGAGCACCGGUGGCUGCAGAGACCAGCAAACACCACAAGCUCAUUCUGGACGAGUACAUGACCAUCAUGCCUUGGGACCAUUCCCACAAGGCUGUGCAGCAUGCCCUGACCAAGUGCAAGCAAGGGGUAGAAGUCAACCCCUGAAAGAAACAAACAGAGGAUACCUAAACCCCUGCCACUUUCUCUUAGAAAGAAUUAGUAUGUGCUGAAGAGAGAUUUCUCUGUAUUGUCACAUGUGAUUAAACAUUAGUUCUAAAACUGAUGGAUAGGCUUGUUGAUGGUACAUCCAUGCUAUAGCUAGGAAGAAUUUCUCUGGAUUACUCUGAGUACUUCUGUCAUAGAGUAAUUGUGAUUUUUAUGUUGAACAGCACAUCUCUAUAAACAUGAUUUUAGCACGUAUUUGUGCAUCGGGACUGAAAAGCUAGAUCUGAAUGUGGGCUGAGUAUAUUAGGAUAUUAAUGCCAUGCACAUGCACAGAACAUGAUACUGCAAAAUAUAGUUAAUCAGACUAAGGGAUUCCUAGAGUACAAGCUACUAUCGUUCACAUUUUAAAGGAAAAUUUGGGCUUUUUAACCAUAAUAGAAUGGUAAAUGAGGGUUUUAUGCAGGAAUUGAAAGAAGUAGGGAUCAUUUUACUCUAUAUUGAUUCUUUGAUAUUUGACAGAUAGAAAGGUGUGUACUCCCUUAAUUAAUUUGCCCAUUAUGUUGUAUGUAGGGAGCAAUAAGUUUAGUGUUGUCUAUUGCGUGACUGUGCAAGUUGUGAUACAUUUUGGGCUUUAUGUUAUUGUUAACUAUGAUGAAGCUAUGCACAUGAGCAAGAGUAAGGGAGAGAUUUUGAUGCAAUAAUUCUGUGGUAUUGGAUGUAAUUUUAUAUUUGAUACAGCUUGGUCUGAAUAAAGCAGUAAUCUAUUA